CUGUGAAACCAGCACACCGUUGCCACCGUUCAAUGGUCUUUUUUAAUAGCACUGUACAGCUGUAUUUGGUGCAAGAAAUACACAGCAGCGAGGGUUGAGCGCUGUGCUUUCACUGCAGACAAAGAUGGAAUGAUACACAGCAGCACGUGACCCUGUGGUUAAAGGGAAACCAUAUAAGCAAGGGAAGAUGAGACCAGUUGCUAAAGUUACCACUUACAACUCAGCAAAGAGAGAUUGGUCUCUACGUCUCAUCACUGAAUGGAUAACAUGGAGGAGUCUUUUACAACUUUAAUGACCACAGAAACUGGUUAUACUGGAACAGACCCUUCUGACUACACAGAUUACUAUGAUGCAGGACCGACCGACAUCACAGGCAUGUGCAACAGAGGCUGGGUCAGGGCGUUUCGUGGGCGGUACGAACCACCUCUCUUCUGGAUCAUCUUCAUCCUUGGUGCUGUGGGUAACCUGAUGGUGGUUUGGAUCUACACCAUGGUGCGCAACCGCCUGAAAACAAUGACCGACGUGUACCUGCUAAACCUGGCGGUGGCUGACCUCCUCUUCCUGUGCAUGCUGCCCUUCUGGGCUGUCGAUGCCAUCAAGGGCUGGGACUUUGGCGUCGGCCUCUGCAAAAUGGUGUCUGCAAUUUAUAAAAUCAACUUCUUCAGCAGCAUGCUCCUGCUCACCUGCAUUAGUGUCGACCGCUACAUUGCUAUUGUACAAGUCACCAAAGCCCAGAACCUGAAGAAAAAGAGGCUGUUCUACAGCAAACUUGUCUGCCUGGGUGUCUGGUUUGUCUCCACUCUCCUGGCUCUCCCUGAGUUUAUCUUCGCCCAGGUUAAGACCAACCAAAAGGGGCAGUCCUUCUGUACCCUGGUCUACUGGAACAACGUAAACAACCGGACUAAAAUCCUGGUGCUGUCCCUGCAGAUAUGCAUGGGCUUCUGCCUUCCUCUCCUAGUUAUGUUCCUUUGUUACUCUGUCAUCAUUCGCACACUUCUGCAGGCCAGGAGCUUUGAAAAGCAUAAGGCUCUGCGGGUCAUCUUUGUUGUGGUUUUUGUGUUUGUUUUCUCUCAGCUGCCGUUCAAUAGUCUGCUGAUCGUGGAGGCCUCGCAGGCAGCUAAUACCACAAUCACCGACUGUGACACUAUAUUUGGUUUUGAUGUGGCCGGACAGGUUGCCAAGAGCCUGGCGUACACUCACGCCUGCCUGAACCCGUUCCUGUACGUCUUCAUUGGAGUUCGGUUCAGACAAGACCUCAUGAGGAUUUUGAAGAUGUGUGCUGGCAGCAGAGGGCUCAGUAAAACCCAGCCAGUUCCAAAACGUCCCUCGGUCAUGUCAGACACUGAUACUACCCCUGCUCUUUCCAUAUAAAUGCCCGUUUUCCUAAAAUCCGAACCCUGAGACCUGAGCCUAGUUUAUGAUCGGAUGUUUCUUUUGUUCUUUCAUGCAUUAUUUGCUACAAGCAGAGCAACAAUAACAUUUUCAACUUGCAAGCAAAAAAGUCUUUACAGUUUAUAUUCAUGACAUUCAUAUUCUGACAGUCCUUAACACAUUUUUUUAGAAUCAUUGUAUAAACUGUAUAUUACUGUAAAUACUGUUUUUUAAAUGUUUGGGGGUUUUUUUAUAUUUGUUCCAUCAUGUAUUUCUCAUGUGCUGCUGUAACCAAACCAAAA